AUGGCACUUGCCAGGCCAUACAACAAAUAUGGCCAACUGAAACCUCAAUGGAAGGAAGCUAUAGAGAUGAUACACAAAGAAUCGGGGUUGGUUACCGCACAAAAGUUGUUAGGUUCCUACCAAGCAUCUCUGAUUAAUGCGGGGCCUGCUCUUGAUAAACCUGUUCACUCGUUAUACACUCCAAAGAUCAAGGAGGGUAUUACCAUACUCCGUCCAAAGCCUAUACAAUUGAAGGCAUCCAAAAAAGAAGAUAUGUCCAGCAAUCUUUCUUCAAUGAAGCUCCCAGAGUUAUCGGACCAUACGGCCUUGGUCAAGAAAGAGAUAUCAAAGAAGGAACCCACCGGGCAACGAGUGGUCACGUCCAAGCCACCAUCCGGACCCAAUUUGAUACGAAAAUUGGCGCCAAUUCUGAAUACAAUCCUGAUUAAGGAAGAGCUUAAGCCCGAAGAGAUACCGCUGCCUCUUUCACCAAUCUCCGAGCCCGGGAGUCCGCGUACCACUGCACCUUAUUCGCAAUGUACGGCGGAAGGCUCUGGUAUUGGGGUUGUCCGACCCAGUAAAGCGGAUUCUGUCACCACUCCAGACACCACUCAAUCUGUUCUUCUCUCGACACAAUAUUCUAUCGUUUCGACAAGCUCAUCAUCGGCACUGAAGAGCGAAACCACCACCGAUGCCUUCUAUUGCCCGACAAACAAUUCAUCGUCCGAAGUACGUCACAUCUCGGUUCAAAUUGAUUCUUCAGACCCACCUGCCAAAGGAAGUCUUAUUAAGCCGAAGACUAAGUUUAGAUUGAAGAAGAAGUCUAUUAACUACAUAAAUCAAUUAUGA